AUGAUUGUAGAAAUAGUGGCCAGUGAGGAGAAUGAAGUUGAAAAUGAGGUUGUUUUUCACAAAUUGAAACAUAUAAAGCUCUAUUCUUUGCCAAGCCUCACAAGCUUCUACUCGAGGAACUGUGCAUUCAUGUUUCCAUCCUUGAAAGAGGUGCUUGUGGUAGAAUGUCCCAAGAUGAAAUAUUUUGCUCCAGGAGUCAUAAGCACACCAAAGCUGGAUAGGGUCCUACUUACAGAAAAGGACAGAAUAGGGUAUUGGGAGGGUAACCUCGAUGAGACUAUACGAAACAUAUUCAUGGAUAUGGCUGAUGGAUCGACACAAUCAAAACUGCCAAGCUCGUCCAAGCAGCUCACCUGCGAGACCACUGAUGAUAAUGAACCAAAAAUUGUGUCUGAGCGACUAGCUUCUGAGGAUUUGCCUGUCACUAAGAAUCCAGAUUCCAUUAAAGGUGCCUCCAUAGAACCUGAGAUCGCUCAAUUGACCUCAUCUGCUCAAGAUAUUCAUGCAACUUCAAAUGAAAAGGAAGAUCCUGCUCAAGGUCAAAAUUCCUCGACUCCUGUGGAUAUUGAAUCUCACAUCUCUCUCCAAGUUCAAAAAGAUCCUCAAGCAGCUGAUAAGCAGAUCAAUUUGCCAGCUUCAAAAGGCCAAGAUUCUUGGGCAACUUCAAACAAUCAGGAGGAUGCUUCACAAGAAAAUUUCUCGACUCCAACGAGUGCUGAAACUUACAUCUCUACUCAAGUUCAAAUGGAUCUUCCAGAAAUUGAUAAGGACCAGAUUUUGCAUGCUUCUUCAAUUGAGAAUUGCAGCAACUUAGUCCCUACAUCUCCUGCAAGUUCUGUUCAACAAGCCCCUGCAUUGUCUUGCACAUCUCCAACAAAGACAGAGCAUUCUCAGGAGCUUAUAGCUUUUUCUGCCUCCAGACAAAUGCAAGACAUUUCAACUUCUCCACCUUCUGACAGGUCUUCUCCCUCUCAUACAGACUUUGAGACUCUGAUCAUCAGCAUGGAACGAAUGCUGCACCCUGGUUCAGCAUCUUCUUCUCAGCCUUCGUCUAGCUCAAAUAGUCGUUAUCAAUCUCAUGAGUCCAUUGGUGUGAACUUUGAGACUUCUACCCAUUCUGUGGCUCGGAUGAAGAAAAUCUUGGUGAAAUCUCCGACAGAAGUUGCUAGCUCAGCUGAUCGCUUUUUGCUGCUAUCCGCUCUGAUGAAUUUAAGGAACUGUCAACUUCUGAAUUCUCAACAGCUGGAAAUCGCUCAAGUCUACAUUGACAAUUUUGAUUCCUUAGUGACCAACAACCCAUCUUAUGAGCAGCAAAUUGACUCGACUAGUGCAUUGAAGUUCGCCAUGGAAGAUAAUAAAAACAGAAUUUCUGAGCUUAUGAACCGUUAUGAAGAUCUUACCAGCAAGUCCAGCAUUAUUAGUGUAAACAAGCAAGCAUUGAAAAGGAAACUUCAUGAAGUUGAAGCAGAAGAAGCUCGAAUUUGCGACGACAUGGAUAAUCUCCGCGCCCAGUUAGUGCAAAGAAAAGAAAAGCUGGAGACACACAUGGAAGUUCUCCCAGAAGCUGAGAAGCAACAAAGGGAAGCGGUGGAAAGAGCUAGCAAUGUCAAUGACUACUGGGCUAAGAUUCGAAGCUUAUUUGUUUAA